AAUUGAAUAGCGCCAUCUCUUUGACCUCUGCUUUUAGGAUUCUGUGUUGACGAAUUUUGGCAUUGCAAGUGACAAAGUCCGGGAUUACUUAUGGCAAAUUCACAGGGUAUAGCAAUGGAGAACAUCACCAGGCAACUCCAAGGCAAGGUCUUCAUCCAGAGAGACUACUCAGAAGGCACAGGAGUCAAGUUCCAAACAAAGCUUCCUCAAGAACUCACAGAUCGGAUUGAUCAAGCAAGAUUUGAGUUCACGGUCAACAAACUGAAUGAGUUUUACGCUGAGGCCGAGAGGUUAGGGGCCAGGACGUACUGUGAAAGCUGCCUAGCAUGUUUGACUGCGUAUACAGUACUGGUCUGUAUGACUACACAUUAUGACAAGUGUGUUAAAAAAGCAGGUCUGUUCAUUCAGCAGCAGAACGAUGAAAUAUAUGCUCCACGAGGGUUGGUCAUCACAGACCCGUUUACGAGGGGUCUCAGAGUUGUUGAGAUCACAGUGUAUGCGACCGACACAUGAUCACGGCACAGCCAUGAUGGUUCAUGGUUUAAUAUCUCUUCCUGUGGGAUGAUCGUCAUACAGGGCACAGAAUACCAACAUCUCUCGUGUAUAUAGCUCGACCAAGAAAUUUUCAUACACCUUUUUUUAUGUAAAUAUAAAUAUGAAUAUAAAUAUAAAUAUCAGUAAUGUUUGAUCUCAUUUGUGUGAUAAUGCUUUCAAUAUUUAUUAAUGCUUCAAAUUUUUAAAACUAUAGUCACUAUAGUUUAAUGGCCAAAUCUGAAUUUCAGUCAAUGUAGGUCAUAUCGCUUGGUUUCUAGCAUAAUAAUUUGUAUUAGUGACAUUCAUAGUUUUACACCUGUAGAAAAUUUGAAGUUAAUCAGCCUUUUUGUAAAAAGGGGUGGGGGUGGUGUCAUAUCUUUUCAUGAUUACCGGUACUCUCAAUAUUCUAAUAUUCGAAAAUUUUCAAUGUACCUUUUAAACAUGCCAGCUUAAAUAUGAUAGAACUUCAAAGAAAUUGAUUUUUCUGAAUUUCAGAAGGGUGCUCAAUAUAAGCUUUAUUGCAUGUACUCCCACUUUACAAACAAGUGAAUGAAGACACCAAUAUCUGAUAAAAACAUACGUUCGCUGAUAUACCAUUAACUUUAAGUGAUGACAUUUUUCAGAUUUAAACUUUCUUGGUAUAUAUCCUGUUACAGUCAGGACUCACUCAUGUUCAUAAUGUUUAGGUAUUUUUGCACUCUACAAUGUAUCGAGUAUAUCAUUGAUAUCAAUGUUGUCCACCAUUGUCCUUUGUGUUUGUGUCUUUAUCUUGUUUGUUUUGAUUGAAAUGUCUGUCUUUGUUUUCAGACAUUUUACUUCUGUAUAUCUCAGCUGCUGCUUGUUUGUAUGUGUACAAAUUCUAUUCUAAUAUAUUUCCUUGUAAAUUUAAAUUAAAACUAUGAAUAUACUGUUUAAGCCUCGGUCACAAAUGCCAUUACGAACUGCUACGAACGCCGUACCGACGAUUUUCAGACAAUGGAAAUUCGGGAAGACAAUGUAAAAACGGAGAUUCAUACGAAAUUAUCGUCCGUACGAACCUUUGUGACCAUAGCAUUACAUAAUUGUCUCAUCAUUGGCCAUGUACAUGUAGAAGUUUGAUUAAAAAAAAUAUUAACAUCCAUGCAUUUGCAUACUUACUCUUUUCAAUACCUCUACCAAGGCAUAAUCAUAAGGUCAAAACUAAAGCAUGUCAUGUUCAUGUAAAUUCCUGGGUAGCCAGCCAUUGUCAUUAGACUUUUGAAAUAUGCUCCGUUUUGUUUUUCGCCACUUCAAUGAAGCUAAUAAUAAAAAUAAUGAUGAUAAUGUAUGAGAUUUGUAAGAUGCCAAUUCCACUUGAAAGCAGAUGUCCAAGGCACAUUAGCGAAAAAAGAAGAAAGAAAAAAAUCCCUUUAAAAUGAUAGACUGCCAUAAAAUUGUACUGCUCAAUGGUCCAUAAUUUUUGUUUUGCCUUGUUUUGUUUGUUUGUUUGCACGUCUGUUUUGUCAUGAGAGAGCUAAAUAUUAGAUAUCCACUGAAUUGUAGAGUUUUAUUGAUUAUGGUUGGUUACGUUUUAAACUGCUCCUUUUGCUGUAUGUUAGGGCAACACUUUGGUACAGGGUUCUGUAAAUUUCAUCAAAAUGACUAUGAAAUGCUGUAUGUAUUUCUUAUUCAAAUUUUGUGACCUUCUUCAGAACUCUGCUGAAACCAAAUUCUUAUGAAGUCGUGUUUUGUAAUGAAGAGUCACCAAGAGAAAAUGUAAUAUGAAAUUGACAUCAUGAAUAAUGUAAUGUUUAUAAUACAUGUAUUUGGUAAACACUCAGUAUUAUUGGUUGGUUUGUUGCUUGACGUGACUACUAAGAAAGCAUGUGUAUGCUUGUAUUAAUUAAAGAAUUAUUGUAUUAAAGUAAGCAACCAGGGGACCCACAGCUUCAAGUCCUCUCCAAGGCACUUAGUAAUGAGGAAUAAUGCUUUAUCAAAUGUCACAAUAACAUCAAAUUGGUUAGAACCUGCGACCCCCAGUUACGAGACCACUGCUUUACUGCUGUCUGUGCAUUUUACUCAGAUUUCUUUUUUCAGAUUGCUGGCUUGUAUCGUGUUAUAUUUUUGUAAUUAUUUUGUUCGUUCUUUGUAUCUUGAUGUUUUUGCAAUUUGUGACCUUGACCAUGAAAAACGUUUGUUUGAUAUUGAUGAAAAGCAAUUAUAAAAUAUUGAGGGCCAUAACUAAAAACUGUGAUAUUUUUAUUUAUUUAUUUUUAUUUAUUUAAAAUGGUUUAUUUCAUUAAAAAACAUUCGCGGCCCGAGAGCCGAAUUGCAGUUUCUUUUACAAGGUAUACAUCAUUUCUUUUACAAGGUAUACAUAUCUAAUACAUGCAUGCAUUUUGCAUGCUUAUGGUGAUUUUUGCUACUUGCUGCAUACUCUUCAUAAUUACAUGUAUCAAUAGAUUAUUUUCAUAAUGUAACCAAAUUCAAUGCAUGUUCAUCUUUGUGAAGUUUCUCGAUACAAAUUAUUUCAUUUAUCUGUUACCAAUAAUUGUAUCUCAAUAUUUAGAAUGCAAUUUUCAUACAUUAGUUGUUGCUAGAUGAGACAAACAUUAUGGCUUACCACACCUAACAACAUGUGAUAUAUAUGCAAUUUGCAUUCUGACAACUGAGAAACAAAUAUUCUUAACAGGUGAAUGAAAUAAUUCGUAUUUAGGCACUUCACAAAGACGGUUGCAAUUAAAUUGGGUUACAUUAUGAAAGUGACCUGUUCAUGGAAAGAGCUAGUAAAAGCUAAAUACUGACUUUUGAAGAGUAAAAAUAAGAAUUUCCUUGGAGCUCUAUCAAUAGGUUAAAUAACAUUUUGUGAGGCACAAAUGUUUUCCUAGACUGCCAUUUUUCCAUUGUAUCAUCUAUUGAGGGCCAGAAGCAUAUUAACACUGUAUAUUGAUAUAAAUUAAUGCCCCUUCGGCUCUCGGCAGACUAUUUUUACUGACAGUAUUUGAUGGUCUUUCCAUUUUUGUACAUAAAAAAUUGCUAGAAUAUCAUGUAAGUUCAAAUAGAUAUGGACCCACAUGUGUACCACCAGCACCCUCAAACCAGUAUGGAUACUGGAUAUGGUCACAUUGAGUUUCAGAUUUAACUCAUGUUAAAUUUAAAACGCUUUUAAAAUGCUGUCAAUGUGGGAGUUAUGUUUCAUUUUCUUCCUAAGAUUUUUUGUGUGAUUCCAUAGGAGGUGAAUAACGAUUUUUAAUUAAUAUUUUUUGUUUUGAACAAAAAGUCAUGCAAAAAAUUGAAAGGUGAUGAAAUGAAAUUAUGUGUAUUGUGGAUCAGAUCAAGCCUAUUUUGUAAAAGAGAUAUUAUUUGUGUUUAUAUUGCUAUAAUCAAGUUCAUGCGAAUGUAUUUAUGAUAUAGUUUUUAUGUCAAAAACAAUAAAGAUAUCUAACAACAC